GCCGGGGUUGAUAAGAGCUCCCUGGACCUUCCCCAGCAUUGCGAUAGAGCUACCGUGGACCCUGCAAUCGCCCCGUAGCAGCCGUCGAAUCGUCGUCGACGGUCGGUGUGUCAAAUCGCACAAGUCACAGAGUGGUCCGGUUUAUCGCAUGUUGGUGACCCGAGGGGGCGGCAUGCGUGGUACUUAUACUACGAGGCAGCUGCAACUAGCACGCCGACGUCCCGAUUUCUGGCUCUGUGAUUGAAAGCUUCGUUAAGCCCCAACUUUGAUAAAAGAUUGUUGAAAAGAUGGCGGAAAAGACAGUUGAGAGUGUGGAGGAGCCUGAGAGGCGGGCUUCGGUCACGGCGGCUGCUGAGGGCCUGGCCAAUGAGGAAGAUGCUGCAAAGCUGGCCCAGCUGGGCUACAAGCAAGAGCUGCGCCGCAACUUCACUAUGAUCGAAAUCUUCGGAAUCGCUUUCUCCAUUAUGGGACUGCUGCCCUCGAUUGCGAGUACAUUGUCAUACAGCUUGCCGGCAGGGCCCGCCGGCCUAGUCUGGGGAUGGUUUGUCGCCAGCGCCUUCAUCUUCGUCGUCGGCCUUGCAAUGGCAGAUCUGGGGUCCGCAAUGCCAACGUCGGGUGGACUAUACUGGUGGACGCACUUCUUUGCUUCGCCGAAGACACGGAAUCCUCUCAGUUUUCUUGUUGGCUACAGUAACACACUUGGCUUGGUCGGUGGACUUUGCUCUAUCGAUUACGGCUUCGCCCUCAUGUUCUGCUCUGUGAUCGUCAUCGCUAGAGAUGGGGAGUGGACUGCAUCAAACGGUAUUGUGUACGCCGUGUUCAUGUGCACCGUUCUUUUGCACGGAGUCUUGGCCUCUGUUCUCGCGAACGUUAUGGGAAAGCUUCAGACAGUAUUCGUUGUGGCGAACUUCCUGCUGAUCGCUAUUACCAUCAUCGCACUACCCAUUGGACGUUCGCAUGAGCGAAAUGAUGGGAAGUACAUCUUUGGAACAACCGGCAAUCUAACUACAUGGCCUGUAGGAUGGGCAUGGUUCCUCGCCUGGCUCAGUCCGAUUUGGACUAUUGGAGCAUUUGACAGCUGCGUUCACAUGAGCGAAGAGGCCGCCAACGCCACCAAAGCCGUCCCCUUCGGCAUCCUAAUGUCCAUCGGUAGCUGCUGGUUCUUCGGCUUUAUUAUCUGCAUUGUUAUCGCCUCCUGCAUCAACCCGGACCUUGAACAUGUUCUCGGAAGCCCCUUCGGUCAGCCCAUGGCCCAGAUCUACUACGACGCCGUGGGAAAGCACGGAGCCAUGGCCCUUAUGUCCCUCCUCUUCAUCGUGCAAUUCCUCAUGGGUCUCUCUAUCCUCGUCGCUGCAUCCCGCCAGACAUGGGCCUUUUCUCGGGACGGUGCGCUCCCCUUUAGCAAGAUAUUCCGCCCCAUCUCCAAAAGCCUGGGAUUCAUCCCUUUCCGCACCAUCUGGGGCUGCGUCUUUCUCGCGCUCAUCCUUGGGUUGCUCUGCCUGAUCGCGCCUGCGGCGGCCUCUGCUCUCUUCUCCCUCGCAGUCGCAGGAAACAACGUGGCAUGGGGGACGCCUAUCUUCUGCCGCCUCGUUUGGGGCGGAGCCAAGUUCAAGCCCGGCCCUUUCUACACGGGCAGAUUCAGUAAGCCAAUUGGCUGGGUCGCUAUUGUGUUCCUUGUGUUUGGCAUCCUUUUGAGUAUGAUGCCAGUCGGAGGCCCGAACCCAACGCCACAGUCGAUGAAUUACACGGUCGUGAUCAACAGCGCGGUCUGGGGCGGGUCGUUGAUUUAUUACUAUAUUGAUGCUCGGAAAUGGUUCACUGGUCCGAAGAUCACCCUCAAUGCGGAAGAUCUCACCGAAUCACAGGAGGCUGCCAUUCGCGCUGAGGGCAUCCAGAUUGAAGGGACAGCACCAGCUGACAAGAGCGACAGCGACGCUGAAGCGCCGAGGGAGCCUGAAAAGGUAGUAUAAGCAAGCUUUGGAAACAGAGGAAGAUUGGUGGACUCUCGCUAUCUAGAGAUAUAACGCGGUCGCUAGAUCAUACUUGCGGCAAUGAUGAAGACAUGAAUAUAUCACAUACCUGUAUUCCCGAGCCAUGUUAGUUAGCUAAGGUUUGGAGGCUAAGAAAAUCUCUACCGCAGCAUAUCACGAGAGCAUACUCCC